GUUGUUACGAUGAUUUGGUUAUGAACGUAGUCAACAUUAUGCUUUGAUACUAAAAUGGCCGAUGUCUCAAAUAAUGAUCGAAAAGUAAAGCUUACGAAAAACGGGAAAGUUGUGAAAAGACGUUCAAGAAAUCCAGAAGAAUGGCACAAACAAAAGCAAAAGCGACUAAGGAUAGCUGGACUAGAAUACAUAAACGCAAAUGGAAAAGUGGUGCCCCCAAAACAGCCUGGCCCUGAUUGUAACUGCCGCAGACGAUGUUUUCAAAAAGUGCCUGAAGAAAUAAGAUUAAAAACUUUUCAAGGAUUCUACUCCAUGAAAACUCAUGACGAACAAAAUGCUUAUUUAUUUGGACUAAUGAGACAAGUCGACGUAAAGAGAAAAAGAGUCAAAACUAGCAGUCGCCGUACUUGCACGUUCGAAUAUUUCGUAAGAGUUAAAGGGAGAGAAACUCAGGUGUGCCAAACAGCAUUCAAAAAUAUUCAUGCCAUAACUGAGAGGAAAGUCAGAGUGCUGUGCAAAAAGAUGGAUGAUGGAGUCAUGUUUCCAAGUGAUAAUAGAGGAAAAAAUAGCCAUCGAAGAUCUGGAGAGGUGCGUCUGCCAUCAGGAGUAUUGGACCAGAUAAAAAACCAUAUCUAUUCAAUUGUACACACACACCGAUUAAAAGACUUCAUUAGGUUGGAUAAAAUAGCAGGCUUAGAAAUAAACAUUUCCAAGAUGUGGAAAGAUUAUAUUAAAGCUUAUGAUCCAGACAACAUUUCAGCAACAAUGCCUAAGUCGAAGAGAAGUAUGGAUUUAAUGCCUCAGAUGGAACCUAUGCAACCACCACCGCCUCCACCACAACCUCCACAAGAUCCCCUGGCUCUCACAUAUCCUGGAAGCGGCCACCUGGUUAACAUAGCUGAGAACUACUUCCAAAAUCAAUAUCAAACAGCAACAUUAGCUACAGGGCAAAACUUUUAUCAAACCCAAAAUGGAGGUCAAAGCAUGGGCAUUUUACUUCAGUCAGCUGCUCCAAGACCAACACAACCCACAACAGCAUUUAUUGUCCUACAAACUAAGCCUGAGCCCCAACAACACCCGACUAUCACCAUAGAGAACCCCUAUGCUCAUGCUACAGAGUUAAUGCAUCAUCCACCAGAGGCUAAACCUGAAAAGAAAAUCAAGAAGGAAAGAAAAAGAGGUCCCAUGGUCAAACAGUGGAGGUACACUAACAUAUUUCAUGAUGAAAUUAAUGGAGCAGCCUUGGCAGCUAUUAAAACAAGACUAGGAAUGUACUAUGCUGAAAGUGAUGCUGCUAGAAAGAAGGCCAAGCAGCCUAGACCCCCGGAGCCCAUGCAGUCACAAACACCUCCAGAGCAAAUACCACAAAUGAGGCCGACACAUACAGUUACAAUAUACACUUAGAACUAAAAGUAAACAUAAUAUUAUGACUGAUCUGUUAAAUAACUUGAAUCUGAUAAACUUAGUUAUGAUGAGUACAGUUAUCAAAAAUUGGAUUUAUUUAAAGUACAUAGUAAUAUGUAGCCUUUAGUUUUAGUUAUUGACAUGAAGUUUAUGAUGUAUUGUAACAUCAAUAUUGACGAUGAAAGUUGUUUCAGCUUAAGAUUUCCAUAUCUACUUAUAGUUAGUGCCAUCCAUGAUUUACGUAUUAGAGUUCUCAAAAACUUUCUAUACUUAUUAAACACAAAAUGGUAUGUGUUCUAGUUGUACACUGUGUACCUACUAGUUUCUAUAGUAUCAUUGACUAAAUAAUACAUUCAUUACUCCAGCAAUAAAAACCACGUAGCCUUUAUAUUUAAGGAUAUGUAAGUUAACAUGUGAAAGGAAUGAGUUUCUGAUCUCAUGCAGUAAAGUACUUUUAUUUUAACUCCAGUGCUGUUAUAAAAAUCAAUUGUGUUGCUUUCAAUAUGGAAAUCAGCAAAUGCAUUUUAAAUGCCAAUAAUGUAUUUUAAUUUAAUAUGUGAAGUUUAUUACUUGAAAUAAGUAUGUAUUUUUCUUUAUUUCGAAUAGAUAUUAAGUUUACAUAAAUUAUGUAACAGCAUAUUUUGAGUAUUAUUAUACGAAGCUAUAAUUUA